AUGAUACGAAAUAGCGAAGCUGGCAUGAGCAUCUUCUCUGCAUCAAAUAAGCUUACUCGUAAUGUCAAUUUGGAAGAUUUUUCUGUCGUAUGGCUAGAUAAGAAUGUUAACAAUGAUAUUGAUUGUGAACAAACAAAAUAUAAACUUCGUUGUGUCAUUGAUUAUAUUCAAACAUUUGACAAUGAAGAUGAUUGUAUCGAAUAUGUCGAAGACUAUUAUAUGCACAAAAUCUUCUUAGUUGUUUCAGGUGAUGUUGAUCAACAAUUUAUACAAAAAGUACAUAUGUUUGAUCAAGUUCAAUCGAUUUAUGUUUUCUGUCUACAAAAAGAAGCACAUGAACAAUUAGCAAACAAUCAUUCCAAAGUACAAGGUUUUUUUGUUAAUAUAGAUAAUCUUAUUGAUCAUCUCAAAUGUGAUAUGUUUGCAUGUACACGAAUUUCUUCAUUUGUCGAGUAUUCACUGCGUAACCUAGCAGAUAACAAUCGAAUAUCGAUGUUCGGGUUCCAAUUUCUACUCAAAAUCCUCAUUCAAAUCAAUUACGACGAAACUGCUAUUUGUGAUAUGAUAGAUCAAUGUCGUUCUUAUUAUCGAGGUAACGAACGAGUACAAAAUGAUAUUGAUGAAUUUCAACAAAAUUAUAAACCACAAGAUGCUGUAAUAUGGUAUACACAUGAUUCGUUUAUUUAUCGACUAUUAAAUGCUGCUUUUCGAAUACAAAAUAUUGAUAUUAUAUUUAUUUUUCGUAUAUUUAUUCGUGAUUUAUACCAACAAUUGGAAAUAAUGCAUAUGAAUCUUCUCGAACUUGUUUGUAAUCCAGCUCAAAUGACUGUCUAUUAUGGUCAGUGGAUGACAAGCACUGAAUUGGACAAGCUGAAGAAAAAUGUUGAUCGAAUAGUGUUUAUGAACACGUUCUUAUUAACAUCGAUUGAUAGGACCUUUGCUGAAAUAUAUUUUGGUUGUAGAAGUCAAUGGUCUUAUUUGGAGUCUGUACUAUUUACUAUAGAAUUGGAUUCAGAAAUAAUGACACAACCGUUUGUCGGUAUUCGUAGUAAAAGUAAAUCUACGGAUGAAAACAAGAUUCUUUUGCCGUUUGGUACUCUAUUUCAAAUAAUGUCUAUCAAUGAAAGUGAUAAUCAUGUAUGGCAUGUUCAUUUAAUCUGUGUUAAAUGCAAUCAGUAUGGAAGUGAAAUUGCAUUCGAACAAGAGUUUCUCACUGAUCAACGGCCGACUAUGGACUCAUUCUUCCGCUUGGUCGAGCGUAUGGGUGAUCCAACACGUGCAAAUCGCUAUAGAAAAAUGAAUAUGAUUAAUCGUAAAAUAUUUCUCCAUGACUUUGAGUUACAUGAAAAAUGGAAUCAUUUUGACAAAACUAUCGAUAAAAUACGUGCACUAUCAACGCUUGCAUUAUUCUAUUAUCAGAUUGAUGACUGUGAAGCAGCAUUGAGAAAUUAUAAAAGAUGUGUUAAACUUAUCUGUGAUACCAAUAGUGAAUUUGAGCAAAUAAAAGAUAUAUUUAUGUUGAUGGGUGUUAUUUAUGUUAAGUUACAUGAAUAUGCACAUGCGCUCGAUGUUUUUACUAAGUCACUAGAAAUUACAUUAAAUUCUAAAACAAAAGUUGAUGAUGAACAAGGUGAAAUAUUGUAUUCAGGUAUUAGUCUUUCUCAUGGAGGUAUGGGGGAUUGGAAAUCUGCUCUGAUGUCGAUGGAGAUGGCGCUUAAAAUUAGAUUAAAAAACCUUGUCCGAGGACAUCCAAAAGUAAUUGAAGGUUACUUUACUAUUGGUGAUAUUCAUUUGCGACUUAAUCAUUUCUCACAAGCAAUAGACUAUUUUCAAAAUGCAAUCAAUCUUACUCUUGGUCAUCUGUCUGAAAAUGUACCAAUUCUAGUUCGGCUCUAUGCUAGUAUGGCUUUGGCCUAUUCUUAUAUGAAUGACUCUGCGAAUGCAUCAAGAUAUUUCUAUCAAGCAUACCAAUGUCUGGAAAAGUCAACAUUUACUACGCAACAUUCUGCAACUUAUCAAUAUCUUGCUGAAGUAAAAGCAUCAGAUGACAUGGAUUCAGCGUUAAAUAUUUUUGCUAGAAGUUUUGUUGUAACACAUCAGGAUCGAAACGAAUCAUUUUAUGAUAUGUAUAGCAUUGCUCAUUAUCACAUGAGUCAAAACAAAUACAAAUUAGCGAGACGAUUUUUUAAGAAAGCUCUUUUGCUUCACAAUUUCCAAAAUUAUUCAACAAUGAACAUCAUUUUGUGUUAUUUACAUUUAUGCAUUGCAGAUAUGUCUUAUCGAACUGGCUUUGUUAUGGAAUCCCUCGAUAAUAAUAUGUUAGCUAUCAGUUACUGGAAUCAUGAUGAUAAUGAUAAUAAUUACACUUGUUGUACGAGAUUAGCAUCUUGUUUUAAGACAGUGGCAAGAAUCUAUGCAAAUAUUAAUAAACCAGAAAGAGCCAUUGUUAAUUUCAAAAAAGCACUUUUACUCUUAGACGAAAAUGGCUGCAAUUGUAAUAUUCUUGCUGAACUCUAUGGAUUUAUUGCUGCUGCUUACGGCAAGAAAAACAAUUGUGAUCAGCUGAAAAUAAAGUAUUUGAAAAAAUUAAUCAAUAUCUAUAAUGAAAACAGAUUAACAUAUGACAUAAAUCUAUUUCAUGCUUAUGUUUGUCUUGGCCAUGCCUAUCGAAAUUUGUACAAUGAUGAUCUGGCUAUUGUCAAUUAUGAACGAGCAAUUAAUAUUGCCUUGCAACAUCAGCUUGAUUGUUCGACUGAUAUCAUGCUCGUUUACUUUCAAUUGGGUCUUUUGCAUAGACAACAUCUCGAUAUUGCGUUCUAUUUGAAAGAUUUUGACGAUAACAAGACGAAAAUUGAAAUGCUUCGUAAACAAGCUAUUGAUAAUUUUCAAAAGGCACUUGAGAGAAUGGAAUCGGAAUCGAACGACAAUGCACCAUAUGUUGCAGCAACUCAUCGUCACCUCAGUGAAUUGUAUACAGAAUAUUCAGCACAAUGGAAUAAUAAUAAUAAUGUUGAUGAUGAUAAUGAUGUAUUAGAUGAUCUUUUAGGAAACGGCGAUGAUGCGUUCGAACAAUUACAGUAUUUAGUCGAAAGUUUCAAACAACUUGUGGACAACAAUGAUCCUGAGUCAUGA